AUGGACACUGAUGAUAAUUUUUUAGUACUCGACGGAGGUUUACAGGGUAAAUUCGUGUCCAGCAUUAAGAAUAUAAUCGGAAGUGGUAAAUUUGGAACCGUCCUCAGAGGAAGAAAUUUGUACACGUUCGAAGAAAUUGCCGUCAAAAUUGAACCCAUUACCUCUGUGCAUAUAACUAAAGAAAAACAAUUCUAUAAGAUGCUCAAAGGCAAUAUGAACGAUCACGCAAUUGAAGGGUUACUCGACAUCUACUAUUCUGGAAAUAUCGGAGUGAAAUACGUGGCCAUGGCUAUGGAGUUGUUGGGUCCGUCGUUGAAAGAGCUUUUUACGCUUGGCGGAAACAAAAUGUCACUAAAGACUGUCCUGAUGAUCGCUAAUCAAAUGCUAACAAGAAUCGAAUACGUUCACCACUGCAAGCUAAUUCACAGAGACCUUAAACCUGAAAACAUAUUAAUAGGACGACCGAGACAGACGUUGCCGUUCAAGGAGUCGGCAGAGGACACAAUAUACUUAAUCGACUUUGGAAUGGCCAAAACGUAUAUUGACAAAACCACUAAAAAUCACAUACGGUAUAACACGGAAGUCGGCAUUUUUGGAACAUACCAGUUCAUGAGCGCUAACGGUAAUUUGGGUAUAGAACAAAGUCGUAGAGACGACUUAGAAUCUCUUGGAUACGUUCUACUGUACUUGAUCAACGGCACGUUACCUUGGAUGAAAUACUUUGAAGAAGACAAUAUCAAUAUCUACAGCUGUGGAGAUAUGAAAAAAAAAAUUAAAACGAAAACUCUUUGCGCUGAUUUGCCAGAAGAGUUUGCUAAAUAUUUUGACUACGUAAAAAAGUUAGAAUUCAUCGAAACUCCCGACUACGAUGGAUUGAUAGAUUUGUUUCAAUCCGUUUACAAACGCGAAAAAUUUCCUGAUGACAAUUUGUUCGACUGGUCGACUGCACUCGUAUAG